AUUCUUUAUUCUAUCUAUCACAGAUUUAAAUUUAAGAAAAAAUAACAACACAGAGGAAGAAAUGUCAAGACUUAGCUUAUGUGUGUUUGUGUUGCUAUGUGCGUUUGCGGCCAAAGCAGCCGCUCAAUCCGCACCUAACGUAAGAGCAACUUACCAUAUCUACAAUCCUGCACAAAACAACUGGGAUCUUUACCGAGUAAGUGCGUAUUGCUCGACGUGGGAUGGGAACCAACCGCUUGAGUGGCGUCAGAGGUACGGCUGGACAGCUUUUUGCGGUCCAGUUGGACCUCGCGGUCGUGAUUCUUGCGGUAGAUGUUUAAGGGUGACGAAUACUGCGACCGGAACGCAAGCCACAGUGAGAAUCGUGGAUCAGUGUAGUAACGGGGGUUUGGAUUUAGACGAGGGUGUUUUCAGACAGCUUGAUACUAACGGUCAGGGAAACGCUCGUGGGCACUUGAUUGUCAACUACGAGUUUGUCAACUGCUGAAGUUCUUCAAGUUCUAGUUCCUCUAAGGGAUCACAGCAUCUACCUUUAAACUAUAACAUAAUUUUAAUAAGAGAAAAUAAUGUCUCGAGUUUAUCUUUCAUAUCAAUGAAGAUAAACCCAUUAAUCAAAAAUAAUGUGUUUGGAAAGUUGUUAAGGAAUAAAAUGAUAAUUGGAUUUGAAUAUAAACAGGUGUACACCCA